AUGGCCGCCGAGCCCGAUGCGGGGAUGAUGAGUUCCAGUUCCAUCUCGUCUCCGCCAACUUCCCCACACCAUUCCAACGAUACCAUCCGCGUUUCGCAUUCGUCAAAUUCUCUUCCCCGGAAUUUGUAUGAAGGUGUUGUAGCUGCUGCCGUCCCGGCUUCUUCGCCUCAGCCUUCCUUGCCCGCACCCAACACUCCUGCACAUGCAACCGCUCCCAACACAGCAUCUGCAGGCACGACCACGACUGCUAAUAAUCCGUCUGCACCUGAGAAGCCCAAAAGGCAGCGAAAGAAGAAAGAAGAGCAGCUCGGGCCAGAUGGGAAGCCGGUUGUGGAUGAAAAACCCAAGAAGCCUCGCAAGCCUCGUGAGCCCAAAGAAAAGACGGUCGGAAAUGGCGCCCCGCCACCACGCAAGAAGGUGAAGACGGAGCCCAAGGCAGACGACAAGGCUGCAAACGACGUUGCCACGCCACCUCGUCAACCCACCCUCACCGGCAUGCUCGGUGGCUUCCAACCUUCAUCCAAACCUGCACCCGCACCCGCAGCCGCACCCUCUGCCCUCGCACCCCCGGCAUCCACCCAACACCUGCGUGUCUCUGAACCAUCGACGCACCACUCCACCACCCAGAACAUGUCCACCCCGCCGCCAUCGCGCCCCAUAUCCAGCGGACAGAACUACGAUCCCAUCCGCGGCUCGACGCUGGCCACCCGCAUGUCCAACCCUCCAAACGGUGCACAAACAUUACAAUCCACUGCAUUUGUCAACCGCGCAUCGGCAUCCCCAUCCAUAGCAAGCCUCAUCGACCCACCCAUGGCUCCUCUCAUCCUUUCACCCCCUCAAGCAGCAACACAAAGGCCGCAUGCACCUCUCCCGCAGCAAUCGUCUCCACCUCCCAAAGACGGUCUCGCUGCUCCGCUCCCGUCAAACUCAGCUUCCAAACCUGACUCUGCCCUCACCAACGUGGGUGAUACAGUGGACAUGGAGCCUUCCGUGAACGUCCCUGGCCGCCAGAUUCCCGACAUCAAGACCCCGUCCAAAUCGUCAUCAUCUGCUGGUCCCGCCCCAAAGGCCGCUCGACGCUCACCGGAACCCCUCAAGGGCACGGGCAGUGGCCUUCUGUCCACCUCAGAUCUGUUCGGCGGGGGUGCCUCAUCAGAUCCUCUGGAGAGAAAAGGGGUCAACAUCGACUUGCACAUUACCCUCAACCCCAAAGGCGGAAACAACAUCAACAUUGCCCAGGAGAUCAUCAAGAAGUACGGCAGAGAAGCCAUGAAUCCUCGUGCAGCGGCGCAUCGCGAGCAAUUGUUGCGUAUCGCGGCGGAGCAGGACCGACUAGCUGGUACAUCCAACGACGAGAUGUCUGUCGAUUUGCUGUCGGAUAUGGAGGGCGAUAGCAAUGCGGAGAUGGGCGGGAUGGACGAUGAGAAGAGCAACACGGGUAUCGAUGGCGACAAACCCAAGAAGAGGAAGAAGAGGGAGGACUACGACAAGGAGGAUGACUUUAUCGACGACACGGAGCUCGCGUGGCAAGAACAAGCCGCCGUUGCAAAGGAUGGUUUCUUCGUCUAUUCCGGUCCGCUCAUCCCCGAAGGUCAGCAAGCUCAAAUCGAGUCCUCGGCACCAACUCGCGGCGGACGUGGGAGAGGGAGGGGCAGCAGAGGUGGUCGUACCGCCAAUGCCGGGACUACGCACGCUUCGCUCGCAGAUAAGAGUCGCGAUACCACCACGACGACCACCACCACGCCGGCUCGCGGCAGGGGAUCUCGUGGAGGACGUGGCACCGGUGCUCCUAGGAGGCCACGCGGGAGCAAAGCCGAGAAGGAGAAGAUGGCCAGCGCCAGUGCUACGGGGUCGGUCUCUGUGACUCCCGCUCCAACGACGCAAUCGGCGUUGCACCAGACUUCGACCGCCACGACGCCCCAAGCACCGCAGUCUAGUCCUCCGGCGCAGGUUGUUGGCGGAGUGGCGUAG